AUGAAGUUCUUCGCUAUUUCCUCGGCCAUCUUGGGCCUGGCAUCUGCCGCAGCCGUCCAGAACAAGGUCAGCUACGAUGGCUGGAAGGUCUACCGCGUCACCGUCGGCGAUGAUUCUAGCAAGCUCAGCUCGGUGAUGAACAAGCUCCAGUUGAGCACAUGGAAGGGCAAGGUCGCAACGAGCUCGGUCGUCGAUAUUCCAGUUCCUCCUCUCCAGGCCUUGGAGUUUGAGUCCGGAAUUCAAGGUUACAGCUCCUUGGUCAUGCACGAGGAUCUUGGUGCUUCAAUUGCCCAAGAGGAGAUCUUCGAGACUUAUGCCUCCGACUUCUCUGCCGCCGCGGCUCCCAACGCGACCUGGUUCAAUGCUUACCACACCAUUGCGGAGCAUCUGCAGUGGCUGAAGGACCUCCAAGCUGCAUACCCAAGCAACUCCGAGAUUAUUACAGCAGGUAACUCUCUCGAAGGACGUAACAUCCAGGGUAUCCACAUCUGGGGUUCAGGCGGCAAGGGCUCGCAGAAGGGUGUGGUAUGGCACGGCACUGUGCACGCUCGCGAAUGGAUCACCACAAUGGUAGUCGAGUACGCCGCAUACCAGCUCCUCACCUCCACCAACACGGAUGACGCCUCCUACAAGAACAAGUACGACUUCUACAUCUUCCCCAUCGUCAACCCAGACGGCUUUGCCUACACCCAGUCCACCGACCGCAUGUGGCGCAAGAACCGCAAGUCCAUCACCACCUCAAGCUGCGUCGGCACAGAUAUCAACCGCAACUGGCCCAACCACUGGAGCCAGGCCGCCGGUGCUUCGACAAACCCCUGCGCCGAAGACUACAAGGGCCAAGCCCAAGGCGACACCGUCGAGAACAAGGCGCUCCGCGCGCACCUCGACAGCAUCGCGGCCAGCUCAAAGGGCGCAAUCCUCUACAUGGACAUCCACUCGUACUCCCAGCUGUGGAUGUACCCCUACGGCUACACCUGCUCCGGCACGAUCCCCAAUUCCGCGAGCUACGCCAGCCUAGCCAAGGGCGCCGUCGCUGCGCUCAAAGCCGUCCACGGCACGACUUUCACCGCCGGUCCCAUCUGCUCCACCAUCUACCAAGUUUCCGGGUCUUCGGUCGACUACGCGCUUGAGAAUGCCGGCAGCAACACCGGCGUCAAGUACUCGAUGACGGUCGAGCUUCGCGACACGGGUGCGAACGGCUUCGUGCUGCCUGCGGCUCAGAUCAAGCCCAGCGGCGAGGAGACGUGGGCGGGUCUUGCGUACUUGCUUAAGAACAUGACGUAG